AUGGCCGACGAGAACAAAAAGCGUGCCGUCCCUGCGGGUGGUGCUGAACAAGCGAACAAGAAGACCAAGAAGCAAUGGCGUGUGCCUCGUAAGGUCGACCAAUUCGCAAAUCAGAAGAACAUCCUGCCGGGUGACCAGGGUAUCUGGGCCACGUGCGAUAAAGGCAGAGAGGGCAAAUGUACCGCUGAGCUUCGCGAUCUUUUUAACGAGUACGCUCAACUGCUUUAUAGCGAUGAGCUGGCUGCCGAAGCUGGCGCAGCAGGAUCUGAUGAUGAGGGUGAUGGUGAGAUCAACAUUGAAGCCGACAUUCAACAAGAACUCGCAGACAUCCGCAAGCCUCAAACAAAACCUCUGUUCUGGUCAAUCAAGCUCGAUGUACAGUGCGUCAUCUUCUUCAAGACCAGAGCACCUGUGGAGCCAGUAUCAUUCGUACGAAGAAUUUGUGAGGAUGCCGCCAAACAGAAUGCUCCCAAGCGUACCAGAUUCUGCAACCGCCUGAGUCCGAUGAGUCUUAUGGGUAAGGCCACCGAAGACGGUCUGGAAAGAGUAGCCAAGGAAGUUCUCGCGCCUCACUUCCAUCAAGAACCGCAUGUGCCUAAAAAGUUCGCUAUCCGCCCUACGAUCCGCAACCACAACGUCAUGAAGCGUAUGGACAUCAUCCAAAAGGUUGCAUCUGCUGUAGGUCCAGGCCAUCAAGUCGACCUCAAAAACCCCGACCUCCUUAUUAUGGUGGAAGUCUACACUAGUAUUUGUGGUAUCAGCGUCGUGCCCAAUGACUACGACGCACUAAAACGAUACAAUCUUGCGGAGAUCUUCGAGCCUACCCCUAAGGAGCAACCAAAGAAGAAGGUCGAGGCACCCAAGGUUGAGUCCGCUGAAGCCAUCAAGACGGAUGUCGAUGUCAAGACCGAGACUCCGGCCGUCAAGGAGGAAAUCGAGGUCCCUGCUGUCAAAGAAGCGGCCGAGACUGAGACUGUAGCCGUGAAAGACGAGACAAGCGAGGCUUGA